GUCAGGUCCGAGCCGUCGGUCGCGCCGCCGCCGCCGCCGCCCGUUGCGCUCCUGGCCCUCGCGCGCCGCGCCCUCGGUUCCUGCAGCGCCCUCGGUGCCCGCGGUGCUCCCGGCGCCCCAGCGCCAUGGCGAAGCUGCUGCUGCUCACCCUCGUGGGGCUGGCGCUGGCCCUCCUCAGGGACUACCGCUCUUCCUACCAAAAACGACUUAAUGCUUUCCGUGAAGUGACACCAGUGGAACUUCCUAACUGUAAUUUUAUUAAGGGAGUAGACUCUGGUGCUGAGGACUUGGAGAUACUACCCAAUGGACUGGCUUUCAUUAGCUCUGGAUUAAAAUAUCCUGGACUGAAGAGUUUUGACCCUGAUAAUCCAGGAAAAAUACUCCUGAUGGACCUGAAGGAAGAUAAUCCAGCAGUGUUAGAACUGAAUAUCAUAGGAAGUAAACUGGAUUUACCAUCCUUUAAUCCUCAUGGGAUUAGCACUUUCACAAAUGAAGAUAAUACUGUGUACCUGCUGGUGGUAAACCAUCCAGAUUCCAAGUCUACAGUGGAACUGUUUAAAUAUCAAGAAGAGGAAAAAUCACUUUUGCACCUGAAAACCAUUAAACACAAACUUCUGCCGAGUGUGAAUGAUAUUGUUGCUGUAGGACCAGAACACUUUUAUGCCACAAAUGAUCACUAUUUUGCUGACCCAUAUUUCCGAUCCUGGGAGAUGUACUUGGGUUUAGCAUGGUCGUAUGUUGUCUACUAUAGUCCAGAGGAUGUUCGAGUGGUGGCAGAAGGAUUUGAUUUUGCAAAUGGAAUCAGCAUCUCACCUGAUGGCAAGUAUGUCUAUAUAGCUGAGUUGCUGGCUCAUAAGAUUCAUGUGUAUGAAAAGCAUGCUAAUUGGACUUUAACUCCCUUGAAGUCGCUCGACUUUGACACGCUGGUGGAUAACAUAUCUGUGGACCCUGUGACAGGGGACCUUUGGGUUGGGUGCCAUCCCAAUGGCGUGAAGAUCUUCGUCUAUGACUCUGAGAAUCCCCCGGCAUCAGAGGUGAUUCGAAUUCAGAACAUCCUAACAGAAGAGCCCACUGUGACGGUGGUUUAUGCAGAAAACGGGACAAUGCUGCAAGGCAGCACGGUGGCCUCCGUGUACCAAGGGAAGCUGCUCAUCGGCACUGUGUUCCACAAGGCUCUGUACUGUGAGCUUGGGCAGCCCGGGGAGCGGCCACCGGCUGCAAGUGGGAGCGCACACUAGCCACUGGCCCCGUAGGUGGCCACCGUGAUCCUGGCAGAGUGAGAACGGGGCACUAAGUGUGGGAGUCACAAGACAGGGAAGCGCUGUGUAAGCGGAGCUGAUAGGCGGGUGCAUGGUCAGAUUCUCUGGGAAUACUCGAAAACCUCAUUUGCCAAUAAAACAUCCCUCCAUUAAAAUGGUUCAAUUAAUUGUAUC